AGCUGCUGGACCCCGAGCGCGAAUUCGAGGAGGAGCGCUGGCCCGGCGACCUGCUCCGACGCCUGCCGUCGGCAGAUUAUGCAGGCCGCCGGCUGACGGGCGCCAGCGAGUCCGAGAGCGCUGGCGCCGCGACGACGUCGGAGGCGCCGCCGCCAGCCUUGGGCGAGGACAGCGCCACGACGGAAGAGGACGGCACCUCCGCAGACAGCCCGCCAGGCGACUACGCGCCCUCGAAGACGUACGGCUGCGUCAGUGCGUGCCGGGCGACCGAGUGCCCGGACGACGCCGACACCGACCUCUGCGAUGGGGACGAAAUCUCCGUGCGGCGGCUCCACUGGGCCCGAGGGCGUGAGACUCGCCGGUCCCGCCGGCUCGGGCUGCGCGCUCGAGGACGGCGGCUGAACGACGUGGGCGAGGCUGGUGCGAUGGUGAUCGCCACCAGCACCAUCGAGGCCCUGGAGGCC